UCAUUUUAUUGUACUUAUCCCCAACCCCACUUCUCCAUAACCCUCCGAUCCUCUAAAACUCCUCCUCCUAACAAUGCCUGCCAUCAUGGCCGUCAAACCCGACUCCGCCCGAUCCAACCCCGACUCCACUCCCCACAAGCGGAGACUCAGAUCCGAUACCACGGCGGCGCAGGAUUCCCCCAUUUCAACUCCGGUCAAAUGGAAAUCUCCUCGCACUUGCACCACUUCCAGCCCAAAGACUCCCAUAUCUAGAGUUGAGAGAGAUUGUAGUGAAAAUAUUACGAAAUCUCACAAAUCUCCAAUCAAGAAAUUGUCCGAUUCUUUACCUCCAAAACAGAAAUGGAAUCCCCUAGAUUCCGAGCAGAUGAAGGCAGUUAAGGAGGCAAUGCACGUGUCGAGUGCACCACCUAACAUUGUGUGCCGCGAAGGCGAACAGAAGAGGGUAUUGGAGUUUUGCCAGGCGUGUGUAGAGCAAGAGAAGGCUGGGAGUUUAUACGUGUGUGGGUGUCCCGGGACCGGGAAAUCUUUGUCGAUGGAGAAGGUGAAACAGCUCUUGUUUCAUUGGGCUAAUGAGGCGGGGCAUCAGCAACCGAAUGUGUUAACCAUAAAUUGUACUUCACUAGCAAAAACAUCAGAUAUUUUCGGCAAGAUAUUGGGUGAAAGCCAACCGCGAAAGAAAGUUAAUGGUGCUACCUCUCCCUUGCAACAUUUGCAGAACUUAUACUCUCAAAAGCCCCAGCCAUCUGGCAUGAAGAUGAUGCUGAUAAUUGCUGAUGAGUUGGACUAUUUGAUUACUAAAGACCGGGCCGUUCUUCAUGAUCUUUUCAUGCUUACAACAUUCCCAUUCUCCAGAUGUAUAUUGAUAGGAAUAGCUAAUGCCAUAGACCUAGCAGAUCGUUUUCUUCCAAAACUUCAGUCAUUAAAUUGCAAACCUAUGGUGGUAACUUUUCGAGCCUACUCUAAAGAUCAAAUCCUCAAGAUACUUCAUGAGAGGCUAAUGGAACUUCCUUAUACUGUCUUUCAACCUCAAGCAUUGGAACUCUGUGCCAGGAAAGUUGCUGCUGCAUCUGGAGAUAUGCGAAAAGCUCUUUGUGUUUGCAGGAGUGCAAUUGAGAUGGUAGAAGCAGAACUUAGAGAAUCUAGUAGCAACUUCAGUUCGUCAAUAGUAGAGAAAGCAUUCCUUGAACAACAGAGAGCUACAGCUCCUGAUGUUUUAGGAAAACAAGAAAUAGAUGUUGUGAGGCUUGAUUAUAUGGUUGUUGCUUUGUCAAAGACUUAUAAAUCACCAAUAGUGGAUACUAUACAAUCUCUUCCACAACAUCAACAGAUUUUACUUUGCUCUGCUGUGAAACUUUUCCGUGGGGGAAAGAAAGAUACAACCGUGGGAGAGCUAAAUAAAUUUUAUAUGGAGAUCUGCAAAUCAGCACUUAUCCCACCUGUUGGGAUUUUGGAACUUUCAAGUAUAUGCAGAGUGCUAAGUGACCAGGGGCUUCUCAAACUAGGUCAAUCUCGAGAAGAUAAAUCAAAAAGAGUGACAUUGUGUGUAGAUGAAGCAGACAUCAGUUUUGCGUUGCAGGGGAUCCGAUUCUUUCGCAACUGUCUUCAGUAAUUGUGCUCCAAAGCAUAUGUAUUUGUGAUUCUUCUUAAGCUUGCUAAUGGUCGCUUCCCUUUUCCCUGAUCACCAUUCCAAACAAAAAGACAUCAGAGCUUGGCGAGCAUGAUGAAAAAAGUUGCGGGGCUUGUUGAUUAAAACAUACUAAGAACUGAUGCGCAUAUAUAAUUUUCCAGCCUAAAGUUAAGCAUUGUUUUAGAAAAAAAUAAUAAUAAAGAAAAAAAGCAGAAAAAAAAAAAAAAA